AGCUGGACAAGAUCAAAAAUCCUUGGCAUUUCCGUAUCCCGUCACGUCCCCACUGACUCGACACCGGUUAAACAUUCGCACAAAUUAAACCACUGGUGGUCGUUCUCGGUAGGGUCCCAGUGCAAACAGGGUGGACCUUUGGGUCAUGUGAGCUGACUGCCACUUUCAUUCACCUCCAUCAUCAUCAUGUCACUCGGGCUUAGUCCUCACCUGCUGCUCGGCCGGAUUCGCUUCCUGAACCGCUGCAUUGAGUGUUUUCGGAAGAGCGAGCCACUUCCAGACAGCCUGUGUUAUGUGCCCCGAGAGGUGUGUUUUAAGAUCUGUAAGGAUUCGUCAUCCAACUCCUGCGCCGCUUCCGGGGCUUCCACGGGAGGCUCCGGCAAGACGGUGGUGUCCGUCUUUGAGAGCCCACACCAGAGUCCGAUUAACAAGAAACUAUGCAAGUACACCAUUGAGCUCAAGAAAGGGACGUGUAUCCGAACCACAGGGGAAGAGUACUGUAAUAGCCAAGGCCUCUGGGUCAAGAUCAAUAAGGAGCAGCUGGAGGAGCAUCGUCCAGGGCAGGAGCUGGAGGAGGGAUGGAUCCUGGUGUGCAAGCACACCGAAGGCGGCGACAGGCUGGUGCCCGUGGAGUCACCCGAGACAGUGACCAGACAGCAGCAGCUCUUCGGCUAUGACCACAAAGCGUGCAACAGGUGGGAGCAGGUGGUGGAUGUGGAGAACGCCAUGUUCCUCGGAUCCAAACCCAAGAUAGCAGAGCCGGACACUGCCGCAGUUGAGAAGCUGAGGUACAUACCCCCAACAUGGACAUAUGAAUGCGACGAGGACCUGGUGCACUACUUCUACGACCACAUCGGUAAAGAGGACGAGAACCUGGGCAGCCUGAAGCAGAGCGUGACCAGCAUUGAUGUUUCUUCAUGUUCGGAGGAUCCCAGCAGCGGCGUGAACAGCCUGACAGACGGUGACACUAAGACGUAUUGGGAGAGCGACGGAAUGCAAGGACAGCACUGGAUACGCCUUCAUAUGAAGAGGGGGACCGUUGUCAAUAAGCUGAUAUUGACGGUGGACUCCACAGACGACAACUACAUGCCCAAGAGGGUGACCGUGUACGGAGGUGAGGGAGACACCCUAAAGAAGCUGAGUGAUGUCACCAUUGACGACAAUCUGAUUGGGGAGAUCUGUGUGCUGGAAGACAUGUCGUCUCACUUGCCAGUCAUUGAGGUCCGAAUUGAGGAAUGCCGAGAUGAGGGGAUAGACGCGCGGAUACGAGGCUUGAAGAUCAAGUCGUCGUGUGAGCGAGACUUGGGACUCAACGCUGACGUCUUCCAAUCCUCCUACUUGGUGCGCUAUCCCCGCCUGCAGGGGACGCCGGCUGAUGUCCUCUACCGUCGAGCGCUGACCAUCCAAAGGUUCAUUUCCUUACUAGACAGUGUGCUCCCCCACUUUGUGCCAGCCUGGGAUUACAGCGUGGGCACCUUCAACCAUAUCAAAAGCAUAAAACAGUUCCUGCUGCAGUCCAAGCGUCGCUCAGCACUAGUCACGCAGUGCCUGAAGGACUCGGAGACCAGCAAGCCCAACUUCCUGCCGUGCCUCUACAUCAACCGGCGGCUGGCAAUGGAGCACAGGGACAACCCCUCACUGGAUCCCAGCUGCAAAAACGCAGUGUUCAGUCAGGUAUACGACGGCCUAAAGCCAUCCGACAAAAUGGAGAAGACUUUGGAUUACAGGUGGCCUGCUCGUUACGACCAAUGGUGGGAAUGCAAGUUCAUCGCCGAGGGCAUUAUCGACCAGGGCGGUGGCUUCCGGGACAGUCUGGCCGACAUGUCCGAAGAGCUGUGUCCCAGCUCCGCCGAGUGUCCGAUGCCGCUGCCCUUCUUCACGCGAACAUCAAACCAGGGUGCCCUGGAGGCCAGAGACUACUACGUUCCUAACCCAUCCUGCAAAGAAUUUCACAAGUACGAAUGGAUCGGGCAGCUCAUGGGUGCAGCACUUCGAGGGAAAGAUUUCCUCGUCCUGGCUCUUCCUGGCCUCGUGUGGAAGCAGCUGACUGGGGAGGCUGUCAGCUGGAGCAAAGACUUCCAUGCUGUUGACUCUGUGCUGGUCAACUUGCUGGACGCCAUGGACAGCAUGGACCGCGAGACGUUCGAGUUCCGUUUCGGUGAGGAGCUGGUGUACACCACGCUGCUGAGCGACGGCCAGAUGGUGGAGCUCGUCCCGGGCGGCGGCAACGUGGCCGUCCGCUACGAAGACCGCCGCGAGUUUAUCCGCCUGGUGCAGAAAGCUCGGCUGGAGGAGAGCAAGCAGCAGAUAGCGGCGUUACAAGCCGGGCUGCUCAAGGUAGUCCCGCAGGCGGUCCUUGAUCUGCUCACCUGGCAGGAAGUGGAGAAGAAGGUUUGUGGAGACCCGGAGAUCAGCGUUGAAGCCCUCAAAAGACUCACUGGCUAUGAGGACCUGGAACAAGAUGAUAUUCGUGUGCAAUACUUGUGGGAGGCGCUGAGCAACUUCACCAACGAGGACCGGAGUAGAUUUCUGAGGUUUGUGACUGGUCGAAGUCGUCUUCCUGCCCCAAUCUACGUCUUCUCUGACAAGCAAGUAUUUUGUUCUGAAGGCGACGCGCUUCCGCAGUCUUCCACAUGCUCCAGCACACUCUAUUUACCCAACUACCCGAGCGCUAAAGUUUGCGAGGAGAAGCUCCGCUACGCAGCUUACAACUGCGUGGCCAUCGACACGGACGUGAGCCCUUGGGAAGAGUGACCACUCGAGCAGUUUUGCUGCACACGCAUCACUUUCCAAAGGAAGAACUACCAAGUCACCACAGCUGUAAAUAAUAGAGAAAAUAAUAAAGAAAUAUAUAU